GUAGGUCUGCCUUCCACCAGUUGGUGCUUGCACUGCGUCCCCAUGUGCCCCAACAAGCGCCAUCCAGCACUUCUGUUUGGACGGCAGUGAGGAAGGAAGAGACAAGAAUUGCCGUCCAUGAGCUGCUAGCUUCGGGAUCGGCCCGCCUCAUCUGGCUGUUUCAGGCUGUAUGGGACGAUCACAUUCACAGUGAGACCCAGCGAUCCACCCGCCACUCCCGUGGGUACCACCACAGCUGGCAGCUGGCACACAUCCACACCGUAUUCAACACAUGCCUCUCACACCUCCCGACGCACUCGCCCCUGCGGACUCAGCUGUGGAUGAAUACACUCGCAUCCGCUCCAUUCUCAACGACAAAACUUGCCACGUGGCAGCAG